AUGAGCCCCCACCUAGCGAGCUCCAUUGGCCUGCUCCUGGCGCUGCUGCUGUGCGCAGGCCCGUCAUCCCCCGCGCUCUGUGCGGCGGCGCGCGGCCUCCUGCAGGACGACCAGGCGCAGGCUCAAGCGCAGGCGCAGGACCAGAGCCAGCAAGUUACGGUCAUCGCGCCGGGCGCCGCGCCCGGCGCGGCCCCUGCGCCUGACGAGGUCGGCUACAUCACAUCCGCUGGCAAGAGCAUCCUUGGGAAUGACAUCAGCUGCGACCAGAAGCAGUCUGAUGGCAGUGAUGCCCCCUUCUGCAGGGUCUGUGGCGGCCGCAGGUCUGUGCGGGCGCGCUGCGACGCCAACAGCCGCUGCGUCGCGUUUGACAUGGAAACGCCCGACUGCGGCUACCUGAAGGCUGCGAGGGGCCCCCUGGAGCCCCACGAGGGGUUUACGUCAUAUGCGCAGCAGUGA